AUGGCCGACUUAUGGAGACGUCCAAAGAAACAUCACUAUCUAUGUGUUACGGUCCAUUAUCUUGAUCUAAAUUAUCGUAAUGUAUCCAAAGUUCCUAGUUUUAGACGGUUUCAUGGUCGACACUUAUCGAGAAGAAUUCGAAGACAUUUAACUCGUGUUGUCAAUAGGUUUGAACUUGAAUCAAAAAUUGUUGUAAUUGUAACUGACAAUGGUCGUGAUAUGCGUGCAGCUACACAACGAUCAAAAAUGUUUGGUCUAAGAUUAUAUUGCUUAUGUCAUGAUCCAAAGACAAUUCAUGAAGAACUUGUAGCAGCUUUGGGACCCAACGCUCCAUCAUAUACAACAGUUACAGGAUGGGCUAAACGUUUUCGUGAAGGAAGAGAAGAAAUCAAUGAUGAUCCUCGAUUUGGUCGUCCAGUAUCCAAACUUACAGAUGAAAAUAUUGAACUGGCUCGACAAGUUAUCAUUACAUCUCGUUGGGUACCCCAUGAACUAACUGAUGAACAAAAACAACAAGGAGUUCAAUUUUGUCGUGAAAAUUUGGCGAAAUUUCAAACUGGUUCCUGGCGAUUAUGUGAUAUUAUAACAGGUGAUGAAACGUGA